UAUAUUAUUUAUUUAUAAAGUUUAUUCAUUUUUGUUCCAGAAAAAUGUUUUCACGCUCCGUGUUUAAUUUUUUUUUUGGAGCUUUGCUAAUAAUUGCCGUUAUUCCGGAUGGGGCAUCUUAUAACAAAUACGGAAGAACCUGUAAAGAUAUUGGCUGUCGUAGCGAUGAAAUGUGUGUGAUGGCUGAGGAUCCUUGUACUGCUUAUACAGAUAAAUGCGGACGAUAUCCAACAUGCCGGAAAAUAAGUGACUCAAGUUGUACUAGUAUGGUUUGCGGAGAGAACGAAUAUUGUAAGAGUGAAAAUGGCGCACCGAAAUGUGUGCGAAAAUCUACAGGAUUAGCACUACCUCAAGGCCUAAAUCAAGUGUUACAUCAAUCGACAUCAAGAGUGCCAUCGUCGUCGCCUAGAUCUUCAUCGUAUGGAGGAAGAUAUAGCGGUCACUCUGGGUCAAGAAAUACCAUAGGCGACAGUUCCAUCUUCAACCGUUUAUUCGGGAGUGAUCAUCACCCGCGGCCUACCAUUAGCUCUGUCAGAAGCACUACGCAAGCAAACAGAAAUAAUUACUACAAUACUCACACUCACGUGGAUAGUCAUGGAAAUCGUGUCUGGACAUUUUCUGAGAAUGACGAAAUGAGAACACGAAUAGUUCCAAAACGACAAACCAAUUAUCCGACAGCAGCCGAAACACAUGGAUCUUCAGAUACUUCUAAAUAUUCAGAUGGUCAGUCGUAUCCUACUAGAGCUUCCGGUUAUCAAUCCGGUUUGGGAUAUCCUGAUAAUAACGGUUAUCCACGUUCUGGAUCUUCGAAAGCUUCUGAUGAUUCAACGAAUCAACCCCGAUCUGGUUAUUCAUCCAAUGAUUCUGCUAGCUAUCCAUCUAGAAGAUCAUCCGAUUCUUUUAGUCGAUUCUCUGGUUAUCCGACAAGAGAGUCGGCUGGUUAUCCAACCAGUGGUUCAUCCAAUUAUCCGCCCGGUGGAUCACUCGGCUAUUCAACUAGCAGAUUGCCCGGCUAUCUGUCCAAUGGAUAUUCAUCAAGUCAAUCUUCUGAUUAUCCAUCCAGUGGAUCCUCUGGCUCUUUAAGUGAAUUCAGCUAUCAUAAUUCUAAAGAUAGUUCCGAUUAUCCAACAGGCUCUGGAUAUCCAAACAGAAAUGGCGGUUCUUCAAAUAAUUCUAGGAAUCCUUAUGGCGAGGAAACUGUUAGACGAACUGGCGUUAAUGCUGUAAAUACCGGCUAUCCGAGUUACCCACAAGGAAAUCCAUCGUACCGCGGUAAUUAUCCGGCUCGAAAUACAGGAUACCUCGACAACAAUCAACAUCCUUUGUAUUCUAAUCAAGGAUACUCAAAUGGGUAUCCACAAAAUUAUCCGCAAGGAGGAUAUUCUGAAGGAUAUUAUCGAAGUCAGAAUUAUAUGACUACUACCAAGCGUCCUGGCUUUCGAGAGCAACUGACAAACUUUGCACGAAACGUGGCAGAAAAGGUGCUGACUCAAACGAUAUUAGAUCGUGUUACCGGUAAACAUCAAUAAAGAUAACAGUACUAAAUUUUGUAAUCCGUAUAAUUUAUGUAAAGAUCCAAAAAUCCAGCUUUCUUUAAAAUCUAAAAAACGUCAUUAAUUUAAUAACCUUAGCACAUUAUUUUAACAAAAUGAAUCCCAAAUUAUAUUUCGAAAAGCUUGCAGCUUAGAAAAGUUAUUGCCAAACAAGUAAAAUAUUUUUAUGUAUAAAAUUUUGUUUCUUAAUAUAUUGAACAUGUAAUUUUAAUAUAUUAAAUUGUUUUAAUAUUUUAUCAUUUAUAACUUAGAUUUUACUUACUGUUAAUUAUUACUUUUAAAAAAUAAGUGCAGUAAUUUAGAAUGUCUUGCAUAUCCUCGAUGUACCUUUUCUUUGCAAAUUAGAAAUUAUUAAUUUAGAUUUAUAUCCGUACAUUAAACCUGCUUUUAAAACUUUCUUAGUAUACAAUUAAAUAUAAUUUUGAAGAGAACUAAAUGUAUAAGUAUAUAUGGAUAUUGUAACACCAAGUAAAACUUUGUAGUAAAUGUUGAUAAUAAAAGAUACCAAAACAUUGAGUAUAA